ACCAGGCUGCUGCUUCUACCUUCCCGUUGGAUGCCACCAACCAAGCGACUUUCUAUACCGCUGAGGUCCUGGUGGGCAGUUCUGCCAAGAUGUUCAACUUAAUUAUCGAUACCGGAAGCUCCAACACCUGGGCUGGCGCUGAUCCCUUAGGAAAUCCUUUCGUCGAUUCGAGCACAACGAAAGAGACGGGCGAGCUGCUAGAAGUCACCUAUGGAUCCGGCUUUGUCGUUGGUGAGAUUCGCAUGCCAGAAGUUGUCACCUUUGUCUGACGCUUUGUCAGGCCGUCUGGUUGAGGACCAGGUUGCUCUGGGGAACCUCACCAUCUCGAACCAGGGAAUCGGCGCAGCUCUUUUGUCUGAAGGUUUCGAUGGCGUCGACGGCAUCCUCGGAAUUGGCCCCACAGAUCUGACGCAGGACACGACCACUGGUCUCGGCACGGUCCCCACCGUUACCGACAACGCAUUUUCGCAGGGACUCAUCACCUCCAAGGAAGUCGGCAUCUCUUUUACGCCGAGCAACCAGACCACUGCCACGAAUGGGGAGCUCACUUUCGGGGGCAUCGACUCUAGCAAGUUUGUCGGCGAGAUCACCUUCGUCCCGAUCACGACCACGUCUCCAUCUAGCGAGUUCGUUGGAAUCGACCAGAGCAUUACCUACGGCACUGCCAACAUGCCCGUUCUGGAACAGACUGCCGGUAUCGCCGACACGGGCACCACUCUCAUCAUGAUCGCGUCCGAUGCAUUUGCGACGUACGAGGGGCUCACUGGUGGUGUGAUGGACGAGACAACUGGCCUGCUGAUGAUCACUCCCACGCAGUUUGCCAACCUUCAGAGUUUGUUCUUCAACAUUGGCGGCACUGCCUUCGAGCUCACGCCUAAUGCUCAGAUCUUCCCCCGCGCCCUGAACACUGCGAUUGGCGGUUCUGCCGACGACAUCUUCUUGAUCGUCGGUAACCUUGGUACCGAGUCUGGCUCGGGCAUGGACUUCAUCAACGGCUUUGCCUUUCUCGAGCGGUUCUUUUUCGUUUGGGACUCAAGCACUCCGCGUGCCGGCUUUGCGCAGACUCCGUUCACGUUCACUGAGACGAACUAGGCGGGGUAAUUUGUGGUAUCAGCUUCAGGCUGGAGCUCAAAUCUUGCCAUGUACGGUACCCUAACU